ACCGUAACUAAUUUAUUAAUUAAGAUAAUCCUAAUAUUCGUUUAUUUUUUAAUUCUAGGAGGUCUAAGUACAACGGCAAUGGUGAAAAUCCAAAUAACCGACGUCAACGACAACCACCCGAUCUUCUACCCAUCGGAAUACAACGUUUCGCUUGGAGAAAAUGGAUCAUCUUCAUCGACUACGAUACCGGUAGUAAUAGUAGCAGCUACCGAUUCCGAUUCGGGUAAAUUCGGUACUAUAACCUAUAAAAUCGUAUCGGGAAACGACGCCGGUGUAUUUAGAAUAGAAAAAUCUACGGGGGAAAUAUUUAUUAAUAGACCUACGUUGUUAUCGGCUAGAGGACAACCGUAUCACAGAUUGAACAUCAGCGCCGUCGACGGGGGAAAUUUGAAAUCAUUGAAAGACGCCGAGGUGUAUAUCAGCGUUAUCGAUUCCACUCAAAGACCACCGAUUUUCGAACAUCCCAGGUACAUAUAUACGGUUAGUGAGAACGUUUGGAAAAAUACAGUCAUAGGGACCGUCAAAGCAACGGUAUUCAAUAACGUUGGCAGAUCCAACGUGAGAUAUUCCAUUUACUCCGGGGAUCCAGACGGUUUGUUCAGCAUAGAUAGUUUGACGGGCGUCAUAGCUACUGCGUCAAAUUUAGAUCACGAAACCAAAUCUAGUGUUCUAUUGAACGUCCAAGCAACCAGUGGAGAACCACCAGUAUACGGACACACCCAGGUGAAUAUAGAGAUAGAAGACGUAAACGACAACGCUCCCGAAUUCGAUUCGUCGAUAGUUCGUAUUUCGGUACCGGAAAACGUCGAAAUAGGUUCCCCUCUAUAUUCAGCCCACGCCAAAGAUAAAGAUUCCGGAAGUAAUGGAAUAGUUAAUUACAAAAUUAUCAACAAUCCUUACAGCGGUUUAUUUAAAGUCGAUACCAAGAACGGAGAUUUAACCAUUACCAGACGUUUGGAUUACGAAACGUCGCAAAGACACAGCUUGGUGAUAACUGCUACUGAUAACGGUGCUCCAUCUCUAUCUUCCAACUUAACUGUAUUGGUUGAGGUGCAAGACGUUAACGAUAAUGCUCCGGUAUUUGAAAGGAACGAAUAUUCUUUGAGCAUAUUGGAAUCGCUCGCAAUUAAUACUCAGAUACUUCAGCUUACAGCCAUUGAUGCCGAUAGCGGAAACAAUGCAAGAAUAACGUACAGACUUAUAACUUCGAAUUCAUCUCAUGAUACUGAUAAUCAAGAAAUUUUCGGAAUUUUUCCCAAUAACGGUUGGAUUUAUCUGCGCGCUCCUUUAGAUAGAGAAACAAAAGAUAAAUACGUUUUGACCGUUGCUGCAACUGAUAAUGGUACUCCGUCAGAAACAACCACUACAAAGGUGCUACUAGAAAUCCUUGAUGCUAAUGAUAACGAUCCAGUUUUUGGAAACGAUUCGUACGAAUUCAGUAUAGAGGAAAAUUUAGGAAGAGGCACUUUAGUUGGGAAAGUGUCGGCCACGGACGCGGAUAUAGGACAAAACGCUGCAAUCAGAUACAGCUUGAUACCAUCAAAUAGCAGCUUUCAAAUCAAUCAAAUCAGCGGUGAAAUCACUACAAAAGAAUCCCUAGAUCGCGAACAGAAACAGUCGCACGACAUCGUCGUAGAAGCUAGAGACCAAGGAGUACCGUCUAGAAGUAUUAGAAAAACCAUCGUCGUAACAGUAUUAGACGUAAACGAUAACGCUCCGGAAAUAGUAGAUCCUCAAGAAGACGUCAUUAGCGUUCGAGAAGAACAACCUAUCGGUACCGAAGUGGUUAGAAUAAGAGCUGUAGACCUAGAUAACGGUCUCAACGCUUCAAUAACUUACUCGGUUGUAAAAAAUCGAGAUUACGAUGGACAUAACGUAUUUUCCAUAGAUCCCGUAACUGGAAUUAUCAAAACUCGCGCCGUACUAGAUCACGAAGAAAAAACAAUCUAUCGAUUAGGUAUUGCGGCUACGGACGGCGGUCAACCUCCCAAAGAAACCGUUCGAAUUUUGAGAAUCGAAGUUUUAGAUUUGAACGAUAACAGACCGACGUUCACCAGCUCGAGUUUGGUAUUUAGAGUGAAAGAAGACGCUCCAAUUGGAUACGUAGUUGGAUCGAUAUCGGUAUCAGAACCGACGCACGAAAAUUCGUUGAACGGAGCCGGAGGAUACGUCACUUAUACGCUAACUUCCCUAUCGACGGACGUUUUGAACGACGCUUUCGAUAUAGAUAGAAGCACCGGUACUUUAGUCGUCUCCAGACAAUUAGACAGAGAAACCCAAUCGGAAUACAAGCUAGAAGUUAGAGCUUUAGAUACAAGCGCUAUGAACAAUCCGCAAAGUAGCGCGGUUACCGUAAGGAUAGACGUCGCCGACGUCAACGACAAUCCUCCCAAAUGGUCCCAAGACCCGAUUACAAUCCAAUUGAACGAAAACACCGAUAUCGGUACUGCUAUAUACAAUUUCACAGCUUCGGAUCACGAUACCGGUACAAACAGCGAUCUACGAUACGGUUUAACGGAACAAUUUCCACGGGACGGGAGUUUUUCCAUCGAUUCCUUAACCGGUACGUUGAUUCUAACCUCGAAACUCGAUUUCGAAACGACGCAAGAAUAUACUUUAAUCGUAUCAGCAACCGAUCAAUCUUAUAACGUAUCUGAACGAUUAACAGCUUCGGUUACGGCGAAAAUAUCGAUACUAGAUACCAACGAUAAUCCGCCGGUGUUCGUUACACCCUUAACCGUCGUUUAUAUACCGGAUACUACCAUCAUCGGUAUGACCAUCACCCAUAUCGUAGCCAUCGAUAAAGAUAGCGGCGAUAACGGUAAAGUCAGUUACGUUAUCACUAACGGCAACGAAGAGGGAAUUUUUUCUUUGGGAUACGAUACGGGAUGUUUGACUUUGGCGAAACCUCUAAGUGGUGAUCGAAAAAAUUUCGUUUUGAAUAUAACGGCCAACGACCGCGGCAGUCCAACUAGGAAGGCUACGGUGGAAUUGAAAUUGAUGGUUCGCGGUUCGGUGGAUAGCGUUCCGAAAUUUUUGGAAGCGCAGUAUAUGAUCGAAGUGUCGGAAGAUGUCGCCGUCGGAUCUGUCGUGACGAAAAUGUCGGCCAAAAGUGGAUUCGUAACGGAAGGACACAAUCUAACAUUCGUGUUACCUUCUGACGAAACUUUCGACAUAAUUUCAUCUACCGGUGAAGUUAUAAUUAAAAAACCCUUGGACAGAGAAAAAAUAGAAACCUACAUAGCUACGAUUUACGUCAGCGAAUCCUCUCACAAAACCACCCUAUUCGAUACGACGACGUUGGUAGUAAAAGUGACGGACGUCAACGAUAACUUUCCCAAAUUCCAACCGGGCUCUUGUUACAAACUAUCCGUGCCGGAAAAUUCCGAUACGGCCGUCAUUCACACGAUAGUCGCCGAAGACGAAGACGAAGGCGCCAACGGUGAAAUUUAUUACAGCAUAACCGGCGGCAACAUCGGAAAUAAAUUCAGCAUCGACGUCAAAAGCGGCGAAAUAUCUUCCAGACCGUUAGAUAGAGAAAGCCAAUGGAGAUAUUCUCUAACUAUAGUGGCUAGAGAUCGAGGGAAUCCGUCUUUACAGAGCGACUGCAAUUUGACGAUUUUCGUUGAAGAUCAAAACGAUAACGAUCCGAAAUUCGAUCUAUCCAAAUAUUCCGUAGCCAUAUCAGAAGACACGCCGAUCGAUACCUCAGUUUUAAAGGUACACGCUUCGGACGCCGAUCAAGGAAUCAACGCCAGGAUCAUAUAUUCAUUAGCCAACGAAAGCCAUUGGUUAUUUCGGGUCGAUAAUAAAACCGGAGUUAUCACUACCGUUGGUUCUUUCGAUCGAGAAAAGCAGAGUACGUACAGUUUUCAUAUAGUAGCAACCGACAGUGGUAAAUACAACGCUAGAUCCCAAAGCGUUCAAGUGACCGUUAAAAUUUUAGACGUCAACGACAACAAACCCAUAUUCACCCAAUACCCUUUCAAACAAAAAGUCCUCCCUUACAUUCAACCCGGUCAAAUAAUACUUAAAGUAACAGCUAACGACGCCGACGAAGGCACCAACGCCGAUAUAGUUUACAGUUUAUCUAGAGGAGAUUCUUACGGGAAAUUUAGAAUACAUCCCAACACAGGAGUAUUGACAACGACGCAAAGUUUAGCUAGCAACAAAGGGAAAGUGAUCUAUUUAAACGUACAAGCGACCGAUAAAGGAAAUCCGUCGAGGAGUUCGUCCGGUCUGGUGGAAAUCACCGUCGGCGACUUGCAAGACGGUUCGCCGGAACUGAAAUUCCAAAACGAUACUUAUACGAUACGAGUAGCCGAAAACGCCGAACAAUUCACCGAUAUCGUUCAAGUAUCCGCUAUAAGAACCGACGGUAGACGCCAGAAGAUAUUAUACAACAUCGGUAGCGGUAACGAAGAUAAUAUCUUCGUUAUUAACUCAGAUAGCGGGAUAAUACAAGUGCGCGAUUCGAAAAAUCUCGACUACGAACUACAUAAAACUAUCGAAUUAACGAUAGAAGCCAAAACGGAAGGUUCGCCGUCUUUGCGCGGUUAUUGUAAAGUCGCGAUUCGAUUGACCGACGAAAACGAUAACGCUCCGAGAUUUACCCAACAGCGGUACGCCGCCAGCGUCUGGGAGGGUAAUAAAAAAGGGGAAUUCGUUUUGCAAGUCAUCGCGUCGGAACCGGACGAAGGCGCCAAUUCGCGAAUACUGUAUCAUAUAGUGGACGGUAACCACGACAACGCGUUUAAAAUAGAACCGGCGUUUAGCGGUAUAUUGAAAACCAAUAUCGUAUUAGAUAGAGAAAUUAGGGAUUUGUAUAGAUUAACUGUGAUAGCUACCGACGAAGGGGUACCGCAAAUGACGGGUACCGCGAGAAUCCGCAUCGAUGUUGUCGAUAUUAACGAUAAUCAGCCGACUUUUCCGCCUCACAGUAUCAUCACCGUUAAGGAAGAUACUUCCGUCGGAACGGUAUUAACGAUCGUAAAGGCUAACGACGUCGAUACCUAUCCGCCGUUGAUUUAUAAUUUCGCUAAGGAUAAUUUCAAAAACGAUUUGCAGUAUUUCAGUAUCGAUAGGUAUAGCGGUAAAGUGGUAUUGAUGAAAAAUUUGGAUUUCGAACUUUGGCGGGAAUGUAAAAUCGGUAUAGUAGCAUCGGAUACGGCGCAUUCGGCUCGAACUACUUUGACCGUGAAAGUUGACGACGUCAACGAUAACGCUCCGGUGUUCUUACAAUCGUCGUACGUCGCCAGUUUACCGGAUGGUAAUUCAUCACCCCUUAGCGACAUUCUCGCUUUAAACGCUAGCGACGCAGAUUCCGGCGAUAACGCAAAAAUAAUUUACUCCCUAGUAGAUCCUUUACCGGGUUUUUCCAUCGACGCAGAAGACGGUAUCCUACGAGCGAACAUUUCCACGUUAUCCCAUUUAAACGAAGAUAUUUUACUAACCGUAAAAGCCACAGACUCCGGAACACCACCACUACAUACUUUGGUGUCAGUUAAAGUAAAAACCAACGGGGGCGUCGCUACCGGCACGAAAUCGUCGAACAAAAUGGAUUAUAAGGUUAAUAUACCGGAAAAUACGACCAUAGGAAGUUCCAUUAUACAUUUAACGAAACCAACGGACGCUCUCUUUAAAAUCGUAGAAGGAAACGAAGAAGGAAUAUUUGAGGUUAUAAAUCCAUCCGGAGACGUAGUUUUAAUCAAACCAUUAGAUAGGGAACGACAAGAUUUUUACAAUUUAAAAAUAUCCAACGAUAUUUCGUCUACAUCGAUGAUAAACCUCAAAAUUGAACUAGAAGAUUCCAACGAUAAUCCGCCGAUUUUCCAAAUCAUCGAUCACGAAAAAACAAUCAGCGAAAAUCUUCCGAUCGGUUCAACGAUCGAAACUAUAUCAGCAACCGACGCGGAUUUAAUCAAUACGCCGAAUUCUGAUGUUUAUUACGAAAUUACAUCGGGAAACGACGAAGGAAACUUCCAAAUACAUCGACGAACCGGAAUAUUGACGGUGAAUAAAACUUUGGAUUUCGAUAAAGGAAACACUCGGUAUAACAUUGUUAUAAGAGCGUGCGAUCGAGGAGUACCGAUUCUAUGUACCCUUAAUACGUUCACGAUAAAUUUACGCGACGAAAACGACAACGAACCCAAAUUUCCCGUAACGGAAUAUUUGGAAUUCGUUAAAGAAAACGAACCGGUCGGUACGGCGGUAUUUACCGCACGAGCUACCGACGCCGAUAAAGGACCGUUCGGACAAUUAACUUAUAGUAUAAUACCGUCAUACGGACAAUUAGACAAUUCCUGGAAAUUGUUUAACGUCGAUAAAAUCACCGGUUUAGUUACCACAUCGACGGUAUUCGAUUACGAACAACGUAAUAAAUACAAUUUUAUGAUACAAGCGCGAGAUACCGGCGGUAAAUCGACAUCGAUCAAAACUCGAAUCGAAAUCGAAGGUAAAGACGAAUUCCAUCCGCAAUUUACCGAAAGAACGUACAAAUUAACUUUAGCUACGUCUUCGAUUUUACCGAUCGGUUAUAUAGCGGGACGAGUUACCGCUACAGAUCGCGAUAAAGGUCCCGACGGUAGAAUCGUAUAUCAAUUGGCAACGCAGCAUCCUUAUUUCAAAGUUAACCGUACCACCGGCGAUAUAAUGAUCAAAAAGAAAUUAGAUUACGCCGAAUUACCGAAUACCGGCGGAGAAAUAAGUUUAAUUAUAACCGCUACUUCAGGUCGACAAGGUUCUUUAACGAAUACUACAGUAGUGGAAAUAAUUUUAGAUCCCCUAGCCGAUCCGGGUACUAAUCUAGCGAUAAACGGCGAUAUAAAUACUUCGAUACCGUCUACCGGCGGCGGUGGAAUCGCCGAUUGGGUAAUGGGGCUAUUAAUAGCUUUAAUAUUACUCGUUAUAACAUUCGGCGCCGUAUUCGUCUACCUACAUAUGAGAAAUAAACGUAAUAAAAAGAUAAAUAAACCUACUUUGGGUAACGAAGCCGUUUCGUCGUCGAAUAAUUACGUCGAUCCGAGCGCUUUCGAUACGAUACCGAUUAGAAGUCGAGUGGGUUCGUUACGUAACGGUAAUAAUCAAUUUGCGCCGCCGAAAUACGACGAAAUCCCCCCGUACGGCGCGCCGCAUCCGGCUAGUUCGAAUUCCGGCGCGGCGACUACUUCGGAAUUAUCCGGAUCGGAACGAUCCGGUUCGAGCGGUCGGGGUUCGGCGGAAGACGACGGCGAAGACGAAGAGAUACGAAUGAUAAACGAAGGACCUUUACCUAGAGAUCAAGGAGCGCUACAAGACGGCGACGCUCUAUCGAAUAAUUCUGUUAGAAAUACGCAGGAAUAUUUGGCGCGUUUGGGUAUUAUCAAUAAUAACGUUUCUAAUUCGAAUAGUAAUAAUAAAACGGUACCGCCGAUGGAUAUAUUCGACGAAGAAGUCGGUACGGAAAACGAUAUAACGAAUUUGAUAUACGCCAAAUUGAACGACGUCACCGGCGGCGGUAAUAGCGAUCGCGUCAGUUCGACUAACGACGGCGGUAUGAUGAACGGUUACGGCGACGUCGCCGCCGUUACGCAUCAACCGUCGAUGAACGGUUCAUUGAGUUCGAUAGUGCAUAGCGAAGAAGAAUUGGCGGGUAGUUAUAAUUGGGAUUAUUUGUUAGUUUGGGAACCGCAAUAUCAGCCGUUGGCGCACAUUUUUUCCGAAAUAGCGAGAUUGAAGGACGAUACGGCGUCGGUGCAUAGCGGGGCGAGUGCGACGUCUAGCGUUAAAAGUAAAAAUUCGGUAGCUCACGCGAAAAGUGUUCCGCCGCCGUUGAUAACGAGCAUAGCGCCGCGUUCGAUAGCGAUGCCGGUUUUGAAUAGUAGGAGCGCCGUUCAUCAUAAUCAAAUGAUGUUGUUACCUAGAUCGCCUAUUAGUCACGAUUUGGCGGGCGCUACUUCGACGGCGAUGUCGCCGAGUUUCUCGCCUAGUUUAUCGCCGUUGGCUACUAAAUCGCCUUCGGUAUCGCCUUUAGUUGCACCCGGAUUGCCGGCGUCUCAUCACGUUAUGGCCAGACAGACGGCGUCUAGGAAUAAAUCUGUCGUUGAUGCGGAACUGAGGAUUUGAUUAGUGAUUAGUGUAUGUGCGUGUGUAGGUAUAUAUAUAGCGUUUUGGCUGUGUUGCGUUUUACAGACUGAUAGAAUUGAUACAAAUUAUUUUGAAAUAGCAUUUUUCAUCUAAAAUUGAUUCAUUCCGUGAAUGAAUUUUUUAAGCAAUAACAAAGUUUCCUUGGAUAUUUGUUGUUCCUAAAAAUUCAUAAUCUUAUCGAAACGACAAUACCCGUUGAGGUGCAUUGAAACUUUCUAAAAUCGUUUUAUUUCAAGGUUCAGUUAGUUCCUUAUCAUUUUGAUUUUUUUUUCUUAUGAAACUUCGUCAAAUGUCCUUCUUGUAAUCCCCCAUCGGCCACGUAGAUUAACAUUUUUUUUUUUUAAUUUUGUAACAACUCUUGGUCAUUUCUUAUGCACUUCAGAUAUUUGCUCAACCGCUUUUUCACUUAUAUAACGUUCUCUAAUAUCCUUUUCUUUCUUGUUGGGAUACCUCCAGGUCGUCUUUUAACUACUUCCAGUCUUGUAAUAUCUCCAGGUCUCUUCUAAUCACUCAUUGCACCUCCAGGUCUUUUCUCCGCCACUUCAUUUGAAGUAUUAGUUCUUUUCAUAUUGUUCAAGAACUUUCUUACUGAUAUAACGUUCUCUUAUAUCCUUUUCUCUCUUGUUGGGAUACCUCCAGGUCGUCUUUUAACUACUUCCAGUCUUGUAAUAUCUCCAGGUCUCUUCUAAUCACUCAUUGCACCUCCAGGUCUUUUCUCCGCCGCUUCAUUUGAAGUAUUAGUUCUUUUCAUAUUGUUUAAGAACUUUCUUACUGAUAUAAUGUUGUCUAAUAUCUUUUUCUUUCUUGUUGGGAUACCUCCAGGUCGUCUUUUAACUACUUUCAGUCUUGUAAUAUCUCCAGGUCUCUUCUAAUCACUCAUUGCACCUCCAGGUCUUUUCUCUUCCAUUGCAUUUGAAGUAUUAGUUCUUUUCAUAUUGUUCAAGAACUUUCUUACUGAUAUAAUGUUGUCUAAUAUCUUUUUCUUUCUUGUUGGGAUACCUCCAGGUCGUCUUUUAACUACUUUCAGUCUUGUAAUAUCUCCAGGUCUCUUCUAAUCACUCAUUGCACCUCCAGGUCUUUUCUCUUCCAUUGCAUUUGAAGAAUUAGUUCUUUUCAUAUCGUUUUAGGAUUUUUUUAUUUAUAUAACAUUGUCUAAUAUCUUUUUCUUCCUUGUUGUGAUACCUCCAGAUCAUCUUUUUACAGCAAAUCUUCUCAUAACCACUUGUUAUGCCUACAGGUCUUUUCUUAGCCACCUUCAUACUGUUUCUAUACUUUUCACUCAUUCUUUUUGUCUAACUCUACGUAAUGUCCUUUUGGUCGUUCUUGUGAUACUCCCAGGUUCUUUUUUUACCACUUAAACAAACAAAUUCUUAUCUAAGUGUUUUAAGUCUCCUUCUAACCAUUUAAUAUUGCCUUCAGGUCUUUUCUUCUGUAAAAAUUAGUCAUCUUUAUAUUAUGUUUCUACUUUUUCACUUAUUUUUUUAUAUCUAACUUUGUCUAAUGUCAUUUUAUUCCUUCUUGUGAUACCUAUUUAUAACCAUUUGAUCUAAAUAUCUAUCUUUUUGUUUUUUGAUACCUUCAAGUUUUGUUAUAUUAUUUUCUCUAUCACUAUUUCCCUUUUUUUCUUUAUAUAAAUAUGUCCAACCCCUUCUUGUUUCUUCUUUCAGUACCUUCUGGUCUUCCUUCAAUCACUUAAGACUUAAUCUCCUUCCUUUUUGUCCUUUAAUACCUAAAAGUCUAAUACAUCCAAGUCUUUUUUAACCACUUUUUUAUCUUGCAUUAUAGCCUUCAUUCAACCAGAAUUCUUCUAUCUGUCGACCUUGUAAUAUCUUCAAUUUUGCUCCUAACCACAUUCACUAAAUCUUGUAUUCACUGGCUUUUUACAUGUUGUGAAAAAUGGUAGUCAUCUUGUACCAAAAAAAAAUUGUAUUAAAUGUCAGUUGGAACACGAUAUUUUUUAAUGAAAAUAGCUAUUUUAAAAAAUACCAGAAACCAUUUUUUUAGUUAGUCCAUGUUUUAAUGUUUGUAAAUAACAAAUAAAUGCUCAUAUAGGUAGCAGCGCUGCCUGCCAUUCUUAGCCAUACAAACAACUAACAGUUUUACUUUUUAUUUUCUCAACAAUGAAAAUAAUUCUUUGAUUUUUCUAAUUUUGAUCUUAUUAAAAAAAUAAUGAUUUUUCUUCCUUAAGACUCCUUUUGUCAUUUGUUCAAAAUUUUGAAUCGAAGAAUAUUUUCAGUGUACUGUUGUAUGUAGGAUUUAAAUUAUUUUUGUACAAAUAUUGUAAAUUAGUUUUUUUUGUAUUAUUUGUUCAUUCACAAUGUAAACUAUUAGUCAAAUUACUACGUUUUUGUAGAAUUUAUUUUCUGUAAUAGAAUAUUUUUUUCCAUACCUGUACUUAAUCGACUGAAAAAAUACUGAUUUUUAAUCGGGUUGUAAAAAUGUAAAGUAUAAAUAAAUGAAUUAU